CCUGACACAUGUCAAGGGAGAAAUAUGCAGUAGCCUAGCAACAGGUGUGAUGUUGAUAAGAAACAUAGGCGAGAUGAUGAAAGAGAUGGGCCAACAUAGUAUGUGUUUGCUGUAAAUGGUACAUUUGGUCAUUUUUUGUUGUAUAACAGCAUGCUAACAGUAGCUUGAUAAUUAGUCUGGACCCUAUCACAUAGUUUCUUCAGGUUUCAACAAAUUAAAUGUAAGACAAUCAUGAAUUAAAUUUAAGACUUAUAUGAAGUAUGAAAAUGUAAGUUCCAGAAUUGCUUUUGAAGUAAUUGUACGGUGAUAAAUUCUGACCAGGCUGUUUGCUGGCUACAAGUUAUCGGUUCCACAUAGGUGUUAUCUGUAGUUUUAUUACAACAUACCAACAUACAAAUACCUGGAUCUUUAAGAACCAACUAUAUAUGACGCUAACACAUUUCUCAAAAAAAUAUCAAAUAAAGAGUUAUGGAAGAAGCAGUAAAUGAACAUAUUUAAGACGUAUAAAUGUAAUGUAAGAUCUAGGAUACAAUAUCUGGAAAUAUUAAAGACUUUUUAAGGCCCCACGGUAAUCCCUACUUUCAGUUAAUUUUCGAUUUCCACAUCUUUCUUGUUGCUUUAACAAGAUAAAUGCUUUUUGUUCUUUUAAAGAAAAUACUCUGCCCAUGCUAUUUAACACGGACACCAUCAGUGAGCCAUUGGUUGUUUACAAAAGUGCCUAAAUAGUGCUCUUCUGUCUGUUAAAGUAGUGUUUCUCAAAGUGUGUUCCGGGAACCACUGGUGGUCCACAAGCUAUCCCAAGUGGUCCGCGAGCAGACGUGGUAAAAAUAAUAGAUAGAGGAGUUGUUUGCAACUUGUAUGUAAAUCCAAACAGUUCUGAAACACUGCCUAUUUAAGCUAUGCCAAUUUAAUCAAUUUAAAUCAUAUGAAACCUCUGACAUAAUAAGCAAGAUGCAAAGACAAUAAGCAAGGUGGUUCAGUGAAUAGGCCUAUUGUGUCUAUUACCUAGGUGGUCCGUGAGUUUUUUUUUUUACUGGUUAAGUGGUCCUUGGUCUGAAAAAGUUUGAGAAACACUGUGUUAUCGUAUCACACCUUAUGUGUGAAAGUGGUUUGCAACACAAGGAUUCCAUUCUGCUGAGAAAGAUGACAAGGAAGAUGAGUUCAAGCCCCGUUUUCACAUCCAAGUCCUGCAUUUGUCAAAUUAAUGUGAGCAGAAAUGUUCACUCGUGUCCGGCAUGGUCUCUCAAACAGCUCUCAAGCCCACUUGUGUGGUCAGGAAGUACUGUGCAGACAGGGAUCAUGCAAUAAAAUGAUGCAAUGCCCACAUUAGGUUUCGACUGAGAAGGAAGCCAGGAUGCUGAUGGGGAAGGAGAUAGGGUCAUAGUGGAUGGUUAGCUGUGUGAAAACAUGCAGUUCACUGGCACGUAGAGCCAUAUGUUGAACUUGUGUAAGUGUUCAUAAACCUAUGCUUAUGUAAAUAUGUACUUUCUAUGGGAGCGCUUUUUCUACAGGUUGGUAUAAACUGAUCUGUUUUGAUGUCUGGUCAAGUGUGCAAAUGCUCGUGGUAAAUUUGGCAUGUAAAAAAAGAACUGUUGUCCUCGGGUCCAUGUUUGUAAAGUACUCUAUGUUGGAAUCUGAUAAAGAAGAUUUGAUAUUGAGACAAUAGUAGAGCCAUGCUCAAAUGUCUUUCUGCCUAUAACAGUUCUCUGCAGGAGUUGGCUAAAUGUAUUGGAUGACCAUAUGUGGUGCUUUACGAAAAGACACAGGACAGGUUGUUGGAAUUGUGAAAGCUACCAUUCUAGGACGCUUUUGGCAAUUAUGAGUCAAAAUAUUAAGAGUGGAACAUUUGAACAAUGACAUCAUGAAUUGGGUUUGCUCAGUACACUUUCACUGAACCAAACUUUAGAUGAUUCCAUAUCUAUCAGUCCACACACACGCACACACACACACACACACACACACACACACACACACACCAUUUUUAGAAAAUGCACUCUCUUUUUCUGUCGAUUUGUUCCAGCAAACUGGGUGUUUCAGUUCCGAACCUCACGAAAGGUCACAUGAGCUUCAGGAUGACUGUGUGUGUGUGUGUUUAAAAGAGUUGCACGUUUCCCAGUUUCAGCGUUCAGCAAGGAUAGCAAGCAUGAUUUACACACUAGGUGCACUACUGCGUUACACACACAUACACAAAGACGCAUACACUACGACAACCAUGCACCCAACCACUCACACUACCCCUGCAAGCACCCAUUAGCUCCAGAGCAGCUCCAGCGUCCUGUGGUGUGGUGCGGCGCGACACACUGCGCUGCGGUGCUCUGGUCUGGAUGGUGGCGGUGGGAGGGAUUUGUAGGGAGCGGCGGUUCCUCCCGCGCGGCCGACAGGCUGGCGUGCUGGCCUCCCUGAAGACCUGGCUGUGCUGCUGGGGCCCCCGCCGCGACAGCGUGGAGAACCUGGACAUGGAGGCGCUCAUCGUACUGCCGGUCCUGUCUCUGGGGGCGGACGUGCUUCCUGAGUACAAGCUGCAGGCGCCGCGCAUCCACAAGUGGACCAUCCUGCACUACAGCCCCUUCAAGGCGGUGUGGGACUGGCUCAUCCUGCUGCUGGUGCUCUACACAGCUGUCUUCACACCCUACUCGGCCGCCUUCCUGCUCAACGAGCAGGAGGAGAAGCGCCGGCGCACCUGCGGCUACACCUGCAACCCGCUCAACGUGGUGGACCUGGUGGUGGACGUCAUGUUUGUGGUGGACAUCAUCAUCAACUUCCGCACCACCUACGUCAACCGCAACGACGAGGUGGUGAGCCAGCCGGCACGCAUCGCCCGCCACUACCUCAAGGGCUGGUUCCUCAUCGACAUCGUGGCCGCCAUGCCCUUUGACCUGCUCAUCUUCCGCUCCAGUCCAGAUGAGCCUCAGACCACCACCCUGAUCGGCCUGCUGAAGACGGCCCGGUUGCUGCGGCUGGUGCGCGUGGCCCGUAAGCUUGACCGCUACUCGGAGUACGGUGCCGCCGUGCUCUUCCUGCUCAUGUGCACGUUCGCACUCAUCGCCCACUGGCUGGCCUGCAUCUGGUACGCCAUCGGCAACGUGGAGCGCACCAGCUCGGCGCGCAUGGGCACCAUGAAGAUCGGCUGGCUGGACUCGCUGGCUGAGCAGAUCGGCAAGGACUACAACGACAGUGACGCCUUGUCGGGGCCGUCCAUCAAGGACAAGUACGUGACGGCGCUCUACUUCACCUUCAGCAGCCUGACCAGCGUGGGCUUCGGCAACGUCUCGCCCAACACCAACCCCGAGAAGAUCUUCUCCAUCUGCGUCAUGCUCAUUGGAUCUCUGAUGUACGCCAGCAUCUUUGGGAACGUGUCGGCGAUCAUCCAGCGGCUGUACUCGGGCACGGCACGCUACCACACCCAGAUGCUGCGGGUCAAAGAGUUCAUCCGCUUCCACCAGAUCCCCAGCGGCCUCCGGCAGAGGCUGGAGGAGUACUUCCAGCACGCCUGGUCCUACACCAACGGCAUCGAUAUGAAUGCAGUGUUGAAGGGCUUUCCGGAGUGUCUGCAAGCGGACAUUUGCCUGCACCUGAACCGCUCGCUGCUACAGAACUGUAAGGCCUUCCGCGGUGCCAGCAAGGGCUGCCUACGUGCGUUGGCCAUGCGCUUCAAGACCACACACGCACCACCUGGCGACACGCUGGUCCACAACGGCGAUGUCCUCAGCGCCCUCUACUUCAUCUCGCGCGGCUCCAUCGAGAUCCUGCGCGAUGAUAUGGUGGUGGCCAUCUUAGGUAAGAAUGACAUCUUUGGGGAGCCCAUCAGUCUGUACGGGCGGCCAGGGAAGUCCAACGCAGACGUGCGCGCACUGACCUACUGCGACCUGCACAAGAUCCUGCGUGAUGACCUACUGGAGGUGCUGGACAUGUACCCCGACUUCUCUGACACCUUCUGGACCAACCUAGAGAUCACCUUCAACCUCAGAGAUGUAGACAGAAUCAUGCAGCCAACCCCCAGCGAGGAGUCCGACUGUGGCUACCACCGACCCAGACGCCGGAGAAACUCUCUGCACCGACGCAAUCGACCUGAUGGAAUGGACAGGGACGACGCAUACCCUGACCAGUCCUGUGCGGCGGUAGGGAACCACCGGGGGGCGCUGUCGCGUUCCCACUGGGACGAGCUGGGCAGCAGUGGCAGCGCGGCGUCGCUCUCCAGCGAGGAGGACGUGAAGGUGCUGGGCGCCGGCCGCGCUGAGCUAUACCCCACCCCCGCUGGCAACGCCGAGGCCCGCGACUACCAGCCCGCCGUUGUCAACCUGCUGCCCCCCAACAGCACCGCCCAGAGCAUGGGUACGCACCCUUAUAUGGCGCCCCCUCUGAACGUGUCGGGGCUGUACAACUACUGGCCGGACCGGCGGCCCAGUCAGUUCUCGGAGAGCCAGCAGCGGCGCUCGUCCUCGGUGAGAGCGGCCUACGGCCCGCAUGUCUGCCCCGAGGAGAGGCCCAGCGAGCUGCAGGCCCGACUCGAGCUGCUGCAGUCCCAGCUCAACAGGCUGGAGACGCGGAUGACGGCAGACAUCAACGUGAUCCUGCAGCUGCUCCAGAGGCAGAUGGCGCCCGUGCCGCCGGCCUACAGCGUCGUGUCAGCGCCGCCCCCCUCCAACCUCUACACCCCCAGCGGCGCACAGGUGCUGCACACCGUCAACCCCCCCGUCCCCCCACCCAUCCAGAUCAACGACCUGGUCAAGAGCCCUGAGUUAGAAAACUUCCAGCACAGGUCAUCAGACUCACUGUCCAGUGGCAUCCACCUGACCGUGGCCUCAGACGACACCAUGUCCAUGUCUCCGGAGAUGGAGAAGCAGCCCGCUCUCCCUGUGUCCUCGGCCCAGCCACUGGACCAGGUCAGGCCCCAGCCCACAGCCCAGCCUCAGGGCAAGGGCCAGGGUGCGGAGGACCCCUCCCAGUCCCCCCAGCUCUCUGGACUGCUGUGCGGCAGCCUGCGCUUCCCCUCCCUCCCCGACAGCCUGGAGGCUCCCAGCAGCCCCACCGAGAUCCAGCGGCACGUGUCCGACCCUGUCCUGCCCGCCAGCUAGAAGCCCCCCCCCCCCACACACACACACACACACACACCACACACACACACACCACACACACACACACACACACAAACACACCUCGCCUCUAAACCCCCCUCUGUCACACCAGCACUUCAUCCUCUGCAGUCCUCCCCUCCAAGCUCAGCGCCACCUACAGGCUGCCCAGACACAGGGCACCUUGGUGCUUGUUUUUCUCAGUCCCCAUUUCGGUCUCCCUGCUUCACUCCAACAGAGACUGCGUCCAUACUCCAUACUCCAACUAUUGACGGACAGAAAACACCAAAGCUAGUGGAUAAGAGAAAGAGAGAAAGAGAGAGAGAGAGAAAGACCGAGCAGAAGAGAAAAAGACAUAGACAAACAUACACAUACUUUUGUGCUUUUAAAUCCAUAUAAAUAUAUAUUUGAAACUUCAAAUGCCAGGCAUGUUCUGCUGUCCAGUUGGGAGGUUCACACAGGAUAAUGUUUCAAAAUGAUCCUCUUGAGUAUACUCCCCACUUUUUGAAGAAUUCAAUACUGAUAAUGUUACAACACCAAGUAAUAGCUUUCACUGAGAAUUCAUUUGAUUCAUUGUCUUUUUCAAAAUAUGUUUGCUAUCGGUAAAAAUGUUUCUUAUGACGUAUCCGUAAUUACCGUUAUUACAGUUUGCAGUAGUAGUAAUUGUAAUGAGUCAACCAAAUGAAGUGAGACUCUGCCAGCUGCCACACUGCCAAAGGCCAGCACAAAUGCAUGUGCACAUAUACACAUAGAAGCAUAUACUCUGAUCAGGGACUUUUGAGAUUUCUUGAAGUUUCUUUUCUUGAAACCAAUCUAAUGUUUUUAUACUAUCUAUUUAUGGGAAAUAGUGGGUAUCUCAAAUCAAGCGGACCCUCACUUUGAAUAGAGAUUCUGAAGAAUGUAGCACUUUUCUCUAGUUUGUGCCAGUAGUGUUUUUGCUCAGGCUCUCUGGAUGUUGUUGUCAUUUAACAUGGAGCAUGGCAGCUUUUUGGUGAAAUGAAAGCUAAAAUAACUCCAUGGUCAUGUUAUUUCUACUGUAAUAUUUCACACAAGAGCAGACACAUUGGCUGUCCUGUAUGAAGUUUGAUGGGCGGAAGCCUGUUUGGUGAACAUGCGUUGCAUGUAACAUGUCCAGUGUAUGUUGUAUGUAACAUGUCCAGAGUUUGAGCUGAUAACUGAUGAUAAUUGACUACGUUGUGUCUUUCUGGUUGUCACCGUUUGACAACAGUAAAUUGCUUACUGUCCAUACUUCAGAGACCUAACGGGAUAGUGGGACUGGUUUAUCUCAAACUAACCACAGUCGUAACCAGAGGAAAAGCCAUAAUAGAUAAUAAUAUAAUAUAUUUCAGGUGCUGUUUUUUGAGUCCUGAGAGACAGUUCAUUGACAGUCUCAUCUCUACUAGAAUGUGGUAACCACUGUAUCACACACACACCUGACCAGGGCAAAGUUCAUAUACACGGUUCACAAGGACUACAGGUCAAGGCCCUUUGCCGUUAUUCAGUAUUUGUGGUUGAAGGACAAGUCACUGUCUGGCAUGUCAUUUUCUAUUGCACUCUUGCUCCACUGUCCCCUGACCAUGUUGAGAUUUGGAGGACCUGAUUUUUGUAACAAACUGCCUGGAACGUUAGACAUGGAUCAUGGUGUGUGUUGUACCUGUGUAUCAUGCUUAGAUAAUGGAACUCUGUGAAUGGUGUGGCAUUGACAGAAAUGCCCUUGUAAAUGACAUUCAUAAUGUGUGUAUUUGAAUGUGUGUGUGUGUAUAUAUAUAUAUAUAUUUAUAUAUUUGUGUUACAUAAUCCACACUCAUGGUGAGUUGGUUGUUUACUCACAUGGAUUGUUUCACGUUUUUGUUUUUUUAAGUGUAUGCCCGAUAAACAAUUGUGUGAGAUGACUCACGUGACAGAUGCUGCACCCAUAGUGGGUGGAUACUUGUUCUGGAGCUGGCAAGACUUGACAGUAGUGGUGGACAGUGGCUGCCAAUCACUUUGGAAGUGUUAGAUGGACAUCAUGGACAGUCCAGGAGCUGGUGAAUGUAUCCAAGGUUCUAACUUUUACUUGUACGUAAAGGUUUCCUAAAGCACACAAUCAUUACCGUUUCCUUUUUUAGAUUGAAGAUUGAUUUAUAACACAAAGUAGUAAAUAGAUGUAAAUACAGAUAUCUGAAAGCU